AUGAGUGUUAUGGAUGAGCUCAGUCAUGCUUAUAUGCAAAUUGGUAAACAUGACAGUAAUGCAACAACGAACACAGAAGCAGAAAAUUUUGAAUCUGAAACAUUACAAGCAAUUGAAAGGGCAGAGGGUGCAAUUAACAAAUUUUUGCAAGUAAAAUCAAAACAAGCAAGUGAACCAGUCAGUAUUGUAAACACUCAACACACACCAACAAGUCAACAGAAUUUGUUAGCAGCAGAAAAUAAUACGGGAAAUAACGUUGGGGUAUCAAAACAUAAGCUUGACCCACUUAAAGUGCCUGUGUUCGAGGGUGAUAAAACAUGUUUCGAGGACUUCUGGGGACUAUUCAGUAUUUUGGUGGAUAGCGGGAACGAGCCAGCCAAUAUAAAAAUGGCCAGAUUGCGUCAGAGUUUAAAAGGAACUGCGCUUGAAGCGAUUCGAGGGUUGGGGGUUUCUUUGCCUGAAUACGAGGAGGCUAAGGAAAUUCUGAAGACAAAGUUUGGGGGGCUAAGGCGACAAUUGCAGGCUUAUAUGGAUCAGCUAGAGGCAAUGCCUUCCCUGAAGGGUAGUGAUGUGCAGGGCUUUGAGAGAUUCGCAGAUCUUGUCCGGAUAACCAUUGUUAAGUUGCAGGCAGAGGGUCGGGAUGGAGAGUUGGGGGAAGGUAUGUUGCAUGACUUGUUGGUCAAAAAGCUUGCAGAAAGACAGGUUGAAAGCUAUAGUCGUUGGCUUAGGGAACAUAAAAAGGAGAGGUCAGUGUUAAGUUUGAAGGAUUGGUUGAAGGAAGAGGUUAGGGUGAGAGUGGAAGCUGUGGAAAUGGUUCAUGGUGUUGAAGGUAUGGAUUUGUCGUUGAAAAGGAAUGAAGCUGGUGGGGGAAAGUUUAGAUAUGGUGAUAGAGGUCGGUUCCGUACACUAUUUGCUGGUCGUGGUGGAGUUGGUGGUAAGGAUGUGAAGCCACCUUGUGCAUUGUGUGAGGGGAACCAUGGUAUAUGGUCUUGCCAGAGGUUUCAGGAUAUGAAGGUUCAAGAUAGAUGGAAUAUAGCUAAAGUUAAGCACUUGUGCUUUCGCUGUCUUGGGAGUGACCACCAUGGACCUCAGGUAUGUUAAUGCCUGGGUCUGCCCACGCUUGGAUAAUAUCUUGCGCGCGUAUUGCACGCGCGAUCUGUCAGUAAUGCGUCUGUUAGAAUAUGCGCCCCUUGUGUGAGUAUUUUAGUGAAAUUGGGCGUUUGCUUCAAAUCAAAAUAUAGUAUAUAUGAGCGACAGGAUUAUUUUGGAAUAUACAAUGCAAAGAAGUUGGUAUACUAUUCAGUUUUUAUGUAAUAAUUGGCUAUUUGUAUAGCAAUAAGUAUUGUUUCAUUUGCGACAGCUGACCUUUGAACUGCUGAUAAAUAAAAGCUUCUUAUAGUGCGCUAUCUUGCGAUUAUUCAGUAUUAAUUGUUGAUUGUUUCUUAUUUUCAAUGAAAAAUUGCUUGUGGAUUAUAAAUUCAUUAUAGCACGUACAGUUUAGUCGGUCUUUUCCACCAUGGCAUGCUUCCUUUCAAGCAUUAACUAUGCUUCAAGAUAUGGGCUUGAAUGCGCAAUGAAUGUUGUUAUUGGAAAUAUAAUAUCCCUUACAAUAAGUGGCAGACUGUUUCAUUAUGGCGCGUGAAGUUCAUCACGCGAAAAACGCGUUCGACUUGCAGCAGGGUAAUUUGACGAAAUUUUGCUAUUUUUAUUAGCUAAAACCAUUAACAAGGGAACAAAGUUUCCUGCUUUAAUUCGGAAAUCGUACAUUUAUUUGUAGAUAACAUUUAAUGACGCGUUUAACAUUCGUUUGAUGCCGAUCGUCGUAUUAUAGCCGCAUAAAAUAAUGAAACGAAGCCUAAAUGUAAACUUUCCAGAUUCAUUCAAUAAACAGUGAUAUGAUGUGUGAAUGAUUAUCGCAAUUCUGCGUCCUCUCAGUAAUGAAUUAUACUGCUGCAGAGCCUCUGAAUAAAACGUAUCAAUUUUUGUGUUGUUUUUCGAAAUAGACAUCACGUGAUCGUUGCCAUGACAAAGAAAAAUAUGUCAACUUUUAGAAUCUCCUUUGAUAAAUCAUAUAAAACUUGAAUGGUAAUAAUCAAGGCCAUACUUAUUUUUUUAUGAUUUUUUGUCUAUUUUCGCUAAAUACACAAACUGAGACCCAGGCAUUAACAUACCUGAGACAGGCAUGCCUUAGGUCCAAAGCCUGUAAGACUGAUGGUUGUACAAAGAAUCACCAUGCCCUGCUGCAUGAUUCUGCCCCACCAGUUAAACGCCCAGAGGACAAGAAUCCGGUUGUUCCAUGGGAGGGGGAAACUGAUUCCUGCACACAUACCACAAUGCAUGAUACCCCAGCCACUGAAGCACUCUCACUACGAACAAUUUCAGUAUGGUUGAAAGCGAACAAUCGAAAGGUGAAAGUUAAUGCGCUACUCGAUGAUGCAUCAAACGAGACAUUCCUUAAUGCUGAGGUUGCAGGAGUGUUGGACAUUCAAGAACCAUUGCAAACAGUGAAAGUACAUGUCCUGAAUGACAAGAUUGAAACAUUUGAGUCAAUGCCAGUAAAUGUUACUAUUGAGAGUAUCGACAGACAGUUUUGUAAGAACAUUAGUGUGAAGACCUGA